AUGGCAGAAGCAUUUGGGACGCCGCUUCCGCCACAAGGAGUACCAGACAAGCUAGAGGACCGAUGGCGAAAUGCUGGAUUUAUGAAGGACGCAACUCAGUUUUGGCUACUUGCCAAGAUUUUACUCGACAACCUGGAGCAUGAUAGGCACAAAGCUCAGAUGAGUUCCUUUGUCAGGAAGUCUGACGAUUUUGAUCAGACAACCAUGAAGUACUUAAAAGGUCUUCUGGAAGGCUACCGGAGACUACGGGAAUAG